AUGCCUUCAUUACACGGUGUGGAAGACUCAAGACCGAAUCAGGGUCGAGGUACCAAAAUGCAAGACAAACAUGCAGAAAUGGGUCUCUUACAAGACGAAGAAAACGUCUUGUGUGCGUGUGGUGUUGUUCAGGAUCCCGGCCAUGCUGCAAAAGAACCUGAUCCUGAAGGACCUGAGGGGUCUGGUGUAUGUGUCUUAGAAGUUCAAUCUGAACAAAAUGUCACAAAUGGAGUGCGCAUGUUACCAGAUCAAUCAGAUGAAAAUCUGAUGACUUCCAACAAACCCAUUAGAUGUGCAAAGAUAAGGGCUCUGGAGAUAAUUUCUGAUGUAAGUGCUCAAAUAAGUCAAUCUAUGGUGGAAGAAAAGGUAAAUUAUUUUGAGCAAAGAAGAAUGUCAGAAGACAGCCAGGCUCGUGCCACUCGCCUUGAGGAACAGCGACAAAGAGACGCCAACCGCAGGGCUGCCGAGGAGGAGGACAAGCGAGCACGACGUCUCGAAGAACAGCGGCAAAGAGACGUCAACCGCAGGGCUGCUGAGGAGGAGGAGAAUCGAGCACGACGCCUCGAAGAACAGCGGCAAAGAGACGUCAACCGCAGGGCUGCCGAGGAGGAGGACAAGCAAGCACGACGCCUUGAAGAACAGCGGCAAAGAGACGUCAACCGCAGGGCUGCCGAGGAGGAGGACAUGCGAGCACGACGCCUCGAAGAACAGCGGCAAAGAGACGUCAACCGCAGGGCUGCCGAGGAGGAGGACAAGCGAGCACGACGCCUUGAAGAACUCCGACAAGCAGCCACUAUCCGCAGAGCCGCCGAAGAAGAAGACGAGCGUGUUCGACGGCUUGAAGAACUGCGGCAAGCAGCCGCUAUCCGCAGAGCCGCCGAGGACGAAGACGAGCAUGUUCGACGUCUUGAAGAACUGCGGCAAGCAGCCGCUAUCCGCAGAGCCGCCGAAGAAGAAGACGAGCGUGUUCGACGGCUUGAAGAACUGCGGCAAGCAGCCGCUAUCCGCAGAGCCGCCGAGGACGAUGACGAGCGUGUUCGACGUCUUGAAGAACAGAGGCAAAGAGAUGCCAACCGCAGGGAUGCUGAAGUGGUAGACGAGCGUGCUCAACGCCUGCGAGAACAGCGUCGUCGUACAGCUGAAAUACGACAGAAUUCUGAGCGUAACCAACUUCAAUCCUAUAAAGCCGCUGCCUCAAGCCUCGUAGAGUACAGCAAUUUGGGAAUGUUUGACAUCGCAUGUGUUCAUUGUGGUGCUGUUCAUUUUUUAAAAGAGAGAGUGCAGAACAGAAUUCACCCUAAUUCAUUUGGUGACUGUUGCCUUCAUGGUCGCAUUGAACAACCUGCGCCAGAGUUUCCCAAUGAAUUGGCAUUGCUGUACACAAAACAACACAGACUAGCCAAACAGUUCCACGAUAAAAUUCGAAAUAUUUCUGCCUGUUUUGCUUUUUCUUCAUUCAAUGUUGCUGAUGACAGGACUUUCAAUAGUAAAGGUAUUUAUACAUUUACUGCUGGUGGACAAGUGUAUCACAAGUUAAAUUUGGCGGCUCAGCCAGUCAGCAACAGUGAGGGUGAUUUGGAAAGACCUAGAUAUGGCCAAAUGUACUUCAUUGAUCCGGAAACAGCCGUUGCAGAACGUAUGAAUGAACCAAUGAAUCAAGGCAUCAAUCAAGAACUAAUACAGAUUUUAGAGGAGAUAAUGAGAAGUCAAAACCCAUUUUCUCAGGCUUUUACGAUGAUGAGGGAGAUAGUUGAGGAAAACAAUCAACGUGCUGAAGCUCUUGGUGUCCAACCACCCCAUGUCCACCUCCUGUUUGCUGAACGUGCAGGCGAUGAUCCCAGGCGAUUCAACUCACCAACUUAUAAUGAAGUUGCUGCUGUAAUUACAUUAAAUGCAGACCAAAGUAUCCCGGAAAAUGAGAUGGUUAUUAAGGAGCGAGGAAAACAGUUAAUAACGCUCAAGAACAUUGACAGCCGAGUAGAACCAUUCACCUACCCUCUCCUCUACCCAAAAGGAACUUUUGGGUUUACUGUAGGGCUUCCUCUUAAAACGCCUUAUGCAAGCCGUGCACACAUGACGAGGAUGGAGUUGGCUCAAUACAGGUUAGCCUUUCGUCCAGAACAAGCCAAGGCUCUUCCUCCUGAACCAUUGCUAGAGGGAUUAGAUCUAAGGUCGAUUGGAUUUAAUGCUCUCCACUUUGGUGGUAGACUGUUUCAACAGUACGUCGUGGACACAUACAUCCGUGUUGAACGUGAUCGUAUUCAGUGGAUCAAAUAUAACCAAAAGAAACUUCAAGCUGAUCAGUAUGCAGGAGUAACACAUUUUCUAAAUGAAUUGGCUGAAAAGAAAAAUGCUACAGUUGCUGAAAAACUGAUUUUACCAUCAUCUUUUCCCGGAUCAACGAGAUAUUUCACUGAACACUUUGAAGACGCUAUGGCAAUUGUCCGAAGGUUUGGCUCUCCAGACUUUUUUAUCACAAUAACGUGCAGUCCAACAUGGCCAGAAUUAAAAGAAGCUGCAUGUAUUGAGCUCUCUGAUGGUUCUAAACUACAACAGUUCGCCCAAGAAAGACCUGACAUUGUGGCUAGGGUAGCCAAAUUGAAAUUUGACAGCAUAGUUGAAGAUAUCAGUAAGAAACAGAUUUUUGGGAAGUCUUCUGCUUUUGUUUACACUAUAGAAUUCCAAAAACGAGGAUUACCCCACCUACAUCUUCUUGUCAUCAUGGCAAAUGAAGACAAACUCCGGUCUCCAGAGGAAGUAGACACUUUCAUUUCGGCAGAAAUUCCUAAUGAUGACCCAGUUCUAAGGGAGUUGGUCCUCAAAUGGAUGAUUCACAAUCCAUGUGGCGAACUUAAUCCGUCUGCGUCAUGUAUGGAGAAUAAGGGUGGAUCAGCUAAAUGCCGCUUUGGAUUCCCCAAAGCUCAUCAAGAGUUUACGUCAAUUGUUGACAACAAAAAACCGAAUUACAAGAGACGGUAUGACCCACAACUGGAUCCAAAUAACCCAGAAUUUUCUCACGUCCAUGCGGUGUACCGCAAAAACAGUGAUGGACAAAAAGUUACACGGGACAAUAGACAUGUUGCUCCAUACAAUGGCUAUUUACUGAAGAAAUACAUGUGCCACAUAAAUAUCGAGUAUGUUGGUAGUGUUAGAGCCGUUAAGUACCUCUAUAAAUACAUUUAUAAAGGGCAUGACUGCGCAAAUGUAAAAAUUGUUGAAAAUGUGGCCCGAAUAAUGUAUAAUGAAGCAGAAACAUUUGUUGAGGCACGUUAUAUUUCGCCCCCUGAAGCAUGUUGGAGGCUGGCUGGAAAUGAAAUCCAAAGGAAAAGCCAUUCGGUGCAACGUUUGGACAUCCAUCUAGAAGGUCAGUACCGUGUGGGAAACAUUGAACAGACACAAGAAGAUGUAGCGGACACUGGCCUGAAAGGGUCCACCUUAGAGGCGUACUUUAAACACAACUCUAAACUUCACAUAGAAGAAGAGAAUGGGAAUGAAGUAAUCUACUACUUCUACUGGCAGAUGCCAGAAAAGUACAAAUGGUUAGGCAAAACAAGUGAAUGGGUGGUACGACAGCGAAGCUCAAAAACGAUUGGAAGGAUCCACACUGUGAACUUGGUGGCCCAACCUGAACUUUAUCACUUAAGAAUGCUCCUCUUCCAUACCAAAGAUGCCAAAAGUUUUGAAGACCUUAAAUUUGUAAAUGGGACUGCCUAUUCCACUUAUAAACAAGCAUGCCUAGCAAAAGGCCUUACAUAUGAUGACCAGCAAUGGAUUGAUGGGCUGCGGGAAUCCGCUUUGUCAAAGAUGCCGAGUGUCAUGAGGACACUCUUUUGUCAAAUCUUGAUUCUCGGAUCACCAGAAAACCCUAAACGUCUCUGGGAUAUGUUUAAGGACGAGUUGGCAGAAGAUUUUCUUAGAGAAGCAGAGAUUUCUGGAAGCCCUCUAGAAGAUUCUUACAACAGAGCAUAUAGAAUCAUAGCUUACAAGCUAAAUACUGAAGCUACAGAAGGCCGAAACUUCCAAUUUUGGGUGGAAAACUAUGGUAUGGAUGACAUUCAGAAUUUUCAAGACGAGGGAAAUGAAGAAACCCACAAUGUCAGCGAAUUAGAAGCCAUUGGUCGCAGACAAUAUAGCAAUUUGAAUAACGAACAAAAAGACUUUGUUGAUGCUGUUAUGGAAGCAAUAGAAGACCCGAUGAGUUGCAUCCCCAAGUGUUUUUUCCUCGAUGGACCAGGAGGUACAGGGAAGACAUACGUGUACAAUACCCUCUACCAUCUAAUUCUUGGAAAAAAUCUUAAUGUAAAAUGCAUGGCAUAUACCGGCAUUGCAUCAAUCUUGCUACCUGAAGGACGUACUACCCAUAGGACUUUUGGUCUAAAAGUUCCAUUGACUAGCGAUUCUAAAUCAUCAAUUCAGCCAGGCACUCAGAAGGCCCAAGAACUGGCAGAAGUAGACGUAUUUAUGAUGGACGAAGCACCAAUGCUACCAAAAUAUGGCCUAAGUUGUAUUGACGGACUCCUGCGAAGCUUAGGAAACAGAAACUUGCCUUUUGGAGGAAAAACUAUGAUCCUAGGAGGAGACUUCCGCCAAUGCCUUCCAGUCCAGCCUAGAGCAAAUCGAUCUGAGCUGAUCGACCUUUCUGUAAAACGUUGCAGUAUUUGGAAGUUUUUCAAGCUCUUCUCUCUUCAUCAAAACAUGAGAGUCAAUCUCGAUGAAAGUGCAUUUGCUGGAUAUCUCCUUCAACUUGGAAAUGGAGAUUUGCCCACCAACAAUGACUGUGAAAUAAAUAUUCCCGAUGACAUUAUUUCAAAUGGAAAUAUUGUUGAACAAAUAUAUGGCGAUUGCCUAGCCAACAGAGAUUACAAUGCUAUGAGAGAUAGAGCCAUCCUUGCACCUUUAAAUAGAGAUGUUGAUAAUAUCAAUAACGAGAUCAUCCAAAUUAUCCCUGGACAAGAAACAAUUUAUAAAAGUUUUGAUUCAGUAAAAGAUGAACCUGAUGGAGCUCUCAAAUUCCCAACUGAGUUUUUAAACUCAAUUGAAAUAUCAGAUUUACCACCUCAUGAACUCCGACUAAAAAACAACGUCGUUAUAAUGUUACUCAGAAACCUAGACGUGACGGAGGGUUUAUGCAAUGGCACAAGACUAAUUGUCACGGAGUUGUGUCCGAACAUUAUUAAGGCUAAAAUAAUUACUGGCAGUCAUUCUGGUAGAGAUGUACACAUUCCAAGAGUCACUCUGGAUUCGAGCAAGUGUCAACUCGGAUGUUCGCUGCAAAGACAUCAGUUUCCAGUUCGACCAGCUUUUGCUAUGACCAUCCAUAAGUCUCAAGGCCAAACCUUUCAGUCUGUUGGUGUUGUGUUAAACAACCCCGUAUUCAUGCAUGGGAUGCUCUAUGUAGCUUUCUCCAGAGUACGAACAAGAAACUCUUUAAAAGUUGUUUUGCCAUCUAGAGACAGAAAAUUAACUAAAAACGUUGUUUGGAUGGAAAUAUUCAGAUGA